AUGCUCUUCUCCGUAUCUCGAGCUGCGUGCUGUCGCCCCAGACUCACCCGAGCCGCCGCUUUUGCGGACGGGUGGAGCGAGGGCCGAACGGCCAACUCUCGAAAUAUCCUGACUGACAAUUCUUCGCGACAUGCAGAGCACUCGCAAGGCCGUCUCGGCCGUCGCCCGCCUGGCGCGCCCUUCUACCGUUCAGAUGAGAGGCUUCAUUGCCCCGACCGUCUCCCGCAGAGCACCCGCCUACGACUUCCAACACCUCGCCAUCACUUCUCGGCUUUAUUCACAUUGAUCAUCUCCGAGCAACUGCCAUGUCUUCAAGCUAGGAGUACUCCACGUGCAGUUCAAACCGCUAACAUCAUCUCUCUCCCCACCCCCACAGCCGACUUCGUCCAGGAGCUCUACCUCAAGGAGCUCAAGGCCUACAAGACCCCCGCCGUCAAGGAGUCCGACGCCCAGGGCCACGUCUCCACCUUCAGCCUGCCCAAGACCCCCAAGUCCCCCGAGGAGGCCGACCUCGCCAGCAGCCUCAAGGAGUACGAGAGCAUGGCCGUCGAGGUCGAGGGCCAGGAGGCCGGUGCCGCCGGCGCCCAGUCCGCCGCCGUCGUCGAGGACUGGCUCGUCGAGGAGGAGGAGGAGGAGGCCCACCACUAG